GUCGAUGGGAAAUGCUGUUCUGCAAACGCGUUAUCGAUCUCAAACUAUAACUUAUGCUUUGUUAUUAAGCGGGUUUUUUCUACCUAGCGUUGAAAAUGAGGGGCAACGAAGUGAUUGGGAGCAUGUAUAUGGUUACCCGGAGCAGUAAUAAAACUGUAAACUGCACACCUGCUCUGAGAUCCAAAAUUAUAAAGACACAGAAGAAACUGGACACCGGGACAUCUGUCGCUGUAAAAGUCGAGGAAGAGGAGGCGAAUGUCGCUCAACCAAAAUCGUCUUCUGUUCUCUCAUCCACAGGAGAUUGCACCACACCUUAUCCUCAGGCCGUUGUCCAACCCAAAACAGAGGCCGACACACUACUCCUACCCUCCACCACUCGCAGGAGGAGGCAGUUAAAGGUGGAGUACGACAAAGAUGAAAACCUUGGGCCAGUAAAGAAAGAGCACUGGGAGCCUCCUGAUUGGAGGAGACAGUUAGCCAACAUCCGUGAGAUGAGGAGCAGCCGUGAUGCGCCUGUAGAUAAAAUGGGAGCAGAAAAAUGCUACGACGCAAAAGCCCCUGCACAUGUGAGACGUUUCCAGGUGUUAGUAUCACUGAUGCUGUCCAGUCAGACCAAGGACCAGGUGACAGCAGCAGCAAUGCAGAAGCUCAGAGCCCAUGGCUGUACUGUAGAAAACAUUAUCAACACUGAUGAUGAGACACUGGGGAAACUUAUCUAUCCUGUUGGCUUCUGGAGGACAAAGGUUAAGUACUUGAAGCAGACAGCAGCCAUGCUGCAGAAGGAGUUUGGUGGAGACAUUCCAAACAGUGUGGAAGGGCUGGUCCGUCUCUCAGGGGUUGGACCUAAGAUGGCACAUCUGGCUAUGGACAUUGCCUGGGACCAGGUGUCUGGCAUAGGUGUAGAUACGCACGUACAUCGUAUUUCCAACAGGCUGGGCUGGCUGAAGAAGUCAACCAAAACCCCAGAGGAAACACGCAAAGCCCUGGAGGAGUGGUUACCCAGAGAGAUGUGGAGUGAGAUCAACUGGCUGCUGGUGGGAUUUGGCCAGCAGGUGUGUCUACCUGUCAGCCCUCUUUGCUCAGUGUGUCUGAACCAGCACAUUUGCCCCUCUGCACACAAUUUCUCCCCGACCAAGAAGUCCAAGUCUUCAUCACCACACUUUCCGCGUACCUCUAAUACAGCCACCUCCCCAAAAGGAAAGCUGGAGGCCGCAUAUGAAUCCCUUGUGAAAGAGGAGACAAUGAAGGAGGAGACACCGACCACACCAAUUUCCCAGACUCGCAAAAUAAAAAAGAGGAGAGGCAAAGUUUACCAGUCGAUAAGGACGAACCCUGCUGUCAAGCUGUAGCCUUUGUGUGGGUUGGGACUUGGUAUCAGACAUAAGCUCAACAUAUACAAUGAGGAGAGGAGGUGAUUCACCAAAGUUUUGUUCGUUUUCAUCACUUGGCAUUGUGAAACACUAAAAUCAAGUGUUUUUAUAGAUAUAUUUUAAACACCUGAAGAUGUUUUAUUUUAUUUUUUAUUUGUUCUUUUCCUAUUGCUUCUUACAAAAUAAAAUAUUUUAUAUGUAACGGGGUGUGAAGUUCAUGACAGCUUAUUCAUCACCUAGAGCUAACAUAUGCUGACUAAUACCAAUGAAUUACCCUGUGUAUUUAUCGACAAAAGCAUUGUGAGUAAACAACAGUGCAUUACGACCUAAAUAAGUCUGACAUGAACACAUUAUACUCAGAAACAUGUGGAAGUAUAAUGUGUCAAGAUUCGUUUUAUCGGCCAAGUAAGUUUGUUUGUACAGAGAAUUUAACUGGUGUAUUUCUGAGAUCACAUAAAACAAUGUAUCUGGGCAAUAAAAAUGAAGAAAUUAGAUAGAAUUAGGGUUAUUUUAUAGAUUUUUUUAUACAGAUGAUUUCUUUUAUGCAUUUUGCACACAUUCAGCCCAACUGAUUGAACUGACAGGGUUAUGAGUCUAAGUAGAAAGAGUACAUGUAUAAUGUGAUAAAGUUAGUGUUUAAAAAAAAAAGUCCAACUCACUGUAUUAGUCAUCAUCAUAAACACUUAUUGACCAUGUUAAAGGUACGUAGGCUGUCCAGACUGCAUCAAAACACAAAACUUGUGACCAAGAUUAAUUUGCAAGUUUAGCCACUGAAACAAGGUAACGUAUAAGCACUGCCCAAUUGUGUCUUU